AUGAGGAAAAUUUGGAAUAGAAGAGAUAAAGAGAAACGAAAGAGUUUCUCUACUCCAUCUAAUCAAUCACCAUUAACUCAAAAUAAUUCAACUUUUGAUAAUAGCAAUCCAAAUAACAAUAAUAUAAUUUCACAAAUAAAUUAUGAUUCAAAUCAAUCAUUUUAUACUAUUGAUGAUGAUAUUUCUUCAAUAUCUGAAGAAUCACCCAAUUAUUCUUCUACAAGUUUAGAUAAAAUACCUACAAGAUCAAGUAUUGGAGGUUAUAGAAAUACUCAACAUUCAAAUGGUUCAAAUAGUAAUAUAAAUCAUAAUGGACAAAACACCACUAAUAAUAAUAAUCAUUCAUCAAAUGGAAAUCAUUCUUCAUAUAUCCCUACAAGAGGAUCAUCUAUAUCAAAUCAAAUUUCAAAAUUUCAUUCAUUAGUCAAACCAGAUUAUGAUAAUAUUGUUAUAAAAAAUAGUUGGGUUAAUAUAAUAAAUAAUGGAGAAAUUAAUGAACAAAAUCUUAGAUUAUAUAGAGCAGAAUUAAAAGGUUCACAUUUAUAUUUAUAUAAACCUUCACCAAAUUUAAAUAUAAAAAAUUUUAAAUUUAGUAGUGAAAUUGAAGAACAUGAAGAAGAUCAAAAGGAAAAAGAAAGAGAUAAUAAUUUAAGUGAUUUAACUACUUUAGUACCACUGUUAACUAAUGCUACUACAACAACAUUAACAACAACUACAACAACUAACUCAGAUAUUGAUCAAAUAACAUAUUUCUCAACUAAAUUCCCACAUCCUCAAUUAGCAUAUGAUUUUGAUUUACAACAAUUUCAAACAAAAUUAUUUCAAUCUGAUCAAAAUACAUUAGAAUCAAUAAUUCAUUUUAUAAUGUUCUCUCAAAAUCAAGAUCAAACAUUAACUACAUUAAUUAAUAUAAUACCAAUAUUACCUGAAUUUAAUAAAAUUUUAAAAUUUAUAUCAUCUUAUAUACUGGCUAUAUUUGAUAAAAAAUUUAAAGAAGAAAUUAAUGAAACAAUUAUAAUAGAAAGAAUUAUAUUAAUUUUAAAUAAUAUAGAAGAAAAUUUUAAUGGAUUUUUAUUAAAAUCAGAUAUUGCACCAUAUAUUUUAAAAAUUAUUGAAAUUUUACAAAUUAAAAAUAAUAAAAUUCAAAUUUUUAAACAAAAAAUGUUGAAGCGACAACAACUACUUAUUAAUUUAAUAAAUAAUAAUGUAACGGCGAAUCCAUUUAAAGAAUUAAAUUCACAAAUAUUUAUGAAAGAUAUAAAUCUUAUUGAAUUUUCAAAAAUUAUAAGUGAAAUAGAUUUAAAAUUUUUUAAAAAUUGGAAUUCAAAUAUUGAUAAAUCUUUAUUAUUAUCAUUAUCAAUUAGAAGUGAUGAGAACAAUAAUUUUUAUAAAAAAAAUCCUUUAAUUUAUAAUAAUAAUUAUCAUAUUCAUUAUUUAUCAAGAUUAUUAAUAAAUCAUUUAUUUUUGGAAAAUAACACCAGUAACAGUUCAAAUCAUAAUUUAAUGGAAAAUAAAGCUAAAAUUAUUGAAAAAUGGAUUGAUUUAGGUUGUUUAUUAGAUAAAUCUGGUAAUAUGUCUUCAUGGUUAGGUAUAUCAUCAAUAAUUUUAUCACAACCUGUUUUAAGAUUAAAUAAAAUUUGGUCUCUUGUAUCACCAGAAUAUAUAAAAUUAUUAAAAAAUGAUUGGAGUCCAGUAUUAUUUGAAUUAGAUAGAAGAUAUUUAGUAAAUGAAUCAAAAUCAUCAACAGAUCCUAAUUCGGCAGAUUCUUCAAAAGAUUCUUAUCAUAUAAUGGCUCCACGAGGAUUAGGUAAAAUUUAUCCAAAGGAAAAAGUUAUACCAUAUUUUGGAGAUUUAAUAAUAAAUAAUCAUGAAAAUAAUGAUAUUUAUGAAAUUGAAUCUAUUUGGAAAAGAAUUAAUUAUUCAUUUGAUAGAUGGAAUGAUUAUUUAUUAAAUUUAUCAAAUUAUCAAUCUAUAAUAAAUUAUAAUGUUGAAGUUUUAAAAAGAUAUGAUUCAAUGGGAUUUAUUUUUUCAAAUGAAUCAUUAAAUCAUGUAUUACAAUUUGGACAAGAUAAUAAAGAUUUAAAUCCUAUACAAGAUAAUAUACUAGAAAUUUCAACUAGUAGUAAUAUUAAUAUUAAAAAUCAGCUACUUAAGUUAAUUGAAUUAAAUUGUGAAUCUAUAGAUUUAGAAAAAAUUAUGAAAUUAUCAAUUAUACUUGAACCAGAUUUACCAGAAAAUUAUUUAAAAGAAAUUACAAAAUGUAAUUCUAUACCUCAUUUUAAUAAUAAUUAUUUUAAAAUAAAUAUUGAAAAAUAUGAUAAUCAAGAAGAAUAUAAUGAAAAAUAUAAUUUUAUAAUUGAUGAUGAAUUAACUUUUAGAAUCGAUGAUUAUGUUGAAAUUGAUCACCACCAAAAUAAAAAUAAUAAUAAUCGUAAUGAUAAAAAUGGAUUUCAUUCAGAUGACUAUGUUGCAAUUGAUGAUGAAGAUGAUAUUGGAUUAGGUAUAGAUGUUGAUGAUAUUUUAAAUUCUGAAAAAUUUAAUAAUUUAACAUUAUCACCAAAAUCAAGAAAAUCAAGUAAUAAUGAUCACCAAAAAAAAAUUUGGUAUUAUAUUCCAAAAUUUAUAACAAUUGAAAGAUCAAUUGAUUUAUUAUUAAUUGAUUCAAAAAAUUUUGAUAAUGAUAUUCAAUUAGAUUUAACAGAAUAUAGAUUUGUGUUUUUAUUAAAUUAUAAUACUUUUAUGACAACAAAAGAUUUAUUAGAUAAAUUAGCUCAUAGAUUUAUAAAUUCUGGAAAUGCAGUUUUAUCAGUUAUGAAAAGAAAUUAUUUAAACAAGAAUAAGUCUGGAUCAAUUGAAGAAGCUAACUUUCCAAAUUGGAAUUUAGAUUCAAGUAUUGAUUUAAAUGAAUUAGGAGAAAUUGAUUAUGAAUUAUUAUUAAAAAUUCAAAUAAAUAUAUUAAAAGUAUUAAUUGUAUUAAUAAAUAAUUUUUAUUCAAAUUUUUCAUUAAAUUUAUCAAACAAAACAACAUUAAUUAAAUUAUUAAAAUUAUUUAGUAAUGAAAUUUUACAAUGGUAUAAUUCCAACAAGAUAAAUUCAAAUUUAGAAAAAUUAUUUGAAAAUUUAGUAUCUUAUUAUAAAAAAUUAAAAAAAUUAUUUGUUAAAAAAUCAUAUAGACCAAUUGAAAUUUCAAAAUUUAAUGAAUAUCUUUUAAAUGAAUUUAAAUUUACAAAUUCUUUAAAUGAAGUACCAAUGAAUAGAAAUUUACCAAGUCAUAAAAAUAUUCAUAAAAUUGAAAAAUUUUUAUAUAAAUUUAAUAAAUUAUUAACUAUUUUUUAUAAGGGGAUAAAAUCUGAAGAUUGGAUUGAAAUUUAUAAAAUUAUGGAAAAUCUUUAUGAUAAAAAUUUAUUAUUUGAAUUUAAUUUACAAAGUGUGAAUACAAAUGAUGAUGCACUUAUUAUUUCAAAUAUUUUUAAUUAUUUUGAAACUUUACUAGUUGAUCGUCAAUUAAUAUUGAAAAAGUUCCCAUUAGUUUUUAGGAAGUUAUUUAAAUUAUAUUUUAGAUUUAAAACUUAUUUAUCAAUUCAAUUAAUUGAUAAUAAUAUAACAAUUGAAGAAAGAUUAGAUAGAAUGAAAACACUACUUAUAAUGUGUAAAAUAUCAAAAUUAAAAAUGAAUGAUAAUCAAUUUAUAUUUGAAGGAACUAAUGAAGAAAGUAAUAUACCAUCAUGUAUUGAAACUGCUAUUAUAAAUGUUAUAUAUUCUCCAGAAUCAAGAAAAUUUUCAUCAUUAUGGAUAAAAUCUUCAAAUUCAUUAGAUCAUAAUAAUUUUAAUUUAAAAAAUUUUAACAACAUUAAUGAUUUAAUUCCAUCAAAUAUUAAUACAAAUGAUUUACAAAAUUUUGAACCUUUAUUACCUUGUUUUGGAUGGAUUAUUGAGAAUCUUAUAGAAUUGAAUAAGAUACCGUCGUUUCAUAUACCUACUACAAACAAUAAUAAACAAUUAAUUAAUUUUAAUAAAAGAUAUUUAAUUUUUAAAUUUAUAAAAGAAUUAGGUAUUGAAGAUAUUGAUGAUGUUGAAUAUAAUGAUUCAAAAGAAUUUGAAUUUUUAUUAAAAUUAAAUGAAUUAAUUAUUAAAAACUCUUAUUAUAAUAAUGAUCGAAAUCAUAAUAACCCGAUAAUAUUUAAAGAAGUUCUAAAAGAUCAACAUAAUAUAUUGGUUAUUGAUAAUCAAAAAAAAUCAGCAAUUGAUUCGAAUAAUCAAAAAAUAUCAUCUACAAAUAAUAAUAAUAUUAAUAAUAGCUCAAACUUAUCAACUUUACCAAUAACAAAUCAAAUGCAUACAAUUACAAAAAAACCAUCAAAUUCUUCAUUAAAAAGGCAAUCAUUAUCAUAUAAAUCAAAUUCUUCAUCAAGAUUUAAAAUUAGUGGAUUAUUCACAAAAUCAAGAUAUUCAUUAAAUAAUAAUAAUUCUGAAAGAUCAAUAAAUGUUAAAGAAUUACCAAAUCCAGAUUCUCAAAUUGAUUUAAGUAAUAAUACCACCACCAACUCAACAUCAUCAACAACACCAAUCACUAAAAUCAAACCAUCUAUAAUUAUACCAUUGAGAAAUAAAAAAAUUUUCCCAGUUUAUUUAUUCCCUUUUAGUUUUAAAAUUGAAAAAUCAGAUGAUUUAGACACCAGCAACAAUGAAAAUUCAAUAUUAAUUCAAACAUUAUCAGAUCAAGAUUUAAAUGAUUGGUUAAUAUUAAUAAAUUUUUCAAAUAGACAUUGGUUUCAAAGUCGUUUAUUAAAUUUUAAAAUUAAUAAUACACCCGUUGUAAAUUUAACAUUUGGAUUACCUUUAAAUUAUUUAUGUUCAAGAGAUUUUGUUAAAUCUCCAAAAUUUCUUGAUUUAAUUUAUAAAGAAAUUGAAAAAUCUGAAAAUUUAAAAGAAAUUGGAAUUUAUAGAAUUAGUUCUUCAAUUUUAGAAUUACAAAAUUUAAAAAUAAGUAUUGAUAAAUUUGGAACUUUAUCUCCUGAAAAUUAUGAUAUUCAUACUUUAACUUCAAUUAUAAAGACAUUUUUUAGAGAUUUACCUGAUUCUUUAAUACCUGAUGAUAUUAUAAUAAAAUUAUUUGAAUUAAAACAAGAAAUUCAGAAGGAGAAGGAAAAGGAAUUAAAGGAAAAGGAAGAGAAAGAGAAAGAAAAUGAAGAUAAUGAGCAUGACGAUAAAGAAGAUAACGAAGACAAACAAUCUACUGAAAUGUAUAAAAUAAAAAUUAUAAUAAAUCAAUUACCAAAUUAUAAUUAUUAUACAUUAAAAAAAUUAAUAAAUCAUUUAAUUUUAAUUAAUUCAAAUUCCCAAUAUAAUAAAAUGAAUAGUUCAAAUUUAUCAACUGUUUUAGGUCCAUGUUUAGUUGAAGCUUCAAAUUUAGAUUUAUUAAUUCAAAAUUUUGGAUUUAUGAAUACUUAUCUAGAAAAAUUUAUUUUAAAUUUUGAUUAUUUAUUUAAUGAUUAA